UUUGCCUUCUUCCAAGAUGGGGGACAACGAGGGAGAAGUUUUGCGUGGGACUUUUCCCAGCCUCAUGGCGGAAGGAACUAUGCUUAGCCGGCGCGGGGAGCUCAGCAAAGCUCUGUCCUAUUACACUUACGCCUUACAGCUUCAACCUGGUGACAGGAACUGCCUUGUUGCCCGUUCAAAAUGCUACUUAAGACUUGGAGAUACAGAAAAUGCCCUAAAAGAUGCAGAAGCCUCUCUGACUGCUGACAAAGAAUUUACUAAGGGAUUGUAUCAAAAAGCAGAAGCCUUGUAUACCAUGGGUGAUUUUGAAUUUGCUUUAGUCUUUUAUCAUCGAGGGCACAAGCUUCGCCCUGAUUUGCAGAAAUUCAGACUGGGUAUUCAGAAGUCCAAAGAAGCAAUUGAAAAUUCAGUUGGAAGCCCAUCAUCCGUGAGAUUGGAGAAUAGAGCGGACCUCUGCUUUUUGAGUCGCCAGGCAGAGAGUAAAAAAGCAAAGCAAAAAAUCCAUAUCAAAAAGGAUGCAAAGUACUUAAGUAAACAACAGGCCCCUGUGAGGAACGAGAAGAUGGAACGGCAGCUCCUAGGAGAGCUCUAUAUUGACAAAGCUUUUCUGGAAAAACUGCUCAAGGAUGAAGAGUUGAUCAAAAGCGUUACCAAGCAGGGAGUAACUGUUGGAGACUUACUUCAGGAGGGUCUUUCCUACCUGGAUACUCGCACAGAUUUCUGGCAGCAGCAAAAGCCUAUUUAUGCCCGGAUCAGAGAUCGCAAGCUUAUGUUGAAAAGAUGGACCCGGGAUCAAAAGCGGAAACCCUCUGAGGUGGCAAGAUACAUACUAAAGAGCAUGGAGGACAUUGAUAUGCUGCUGACCAGUGGCUGCCCUGAAAGAAGUUGCCAGAAAGCUGAGCAAGUACUGAAAAAAAUCCAGAGCUGGUCUGAUGAUGAAAUCCCCAACAGGAGCGAGCUGGUUGGAAAUCUCUACAGCUGCAUUGGAAAUGCUCACAUUGAGAUGGGGAAUAUGAUGGCAGCUUUGCAGAGCCAUCGGCUAGAUCUGGAUAUUGCCAAAGAAAACAACUUGACUGAUGCCAUCUCCAGAGCCCUUGACAACAUUGGUCGAGUACAUGCCCGUAUGGGCAACUUUCAGGAAGCCAUUGAUACCUGGGAGGAAAAGAUUCCUCUUAUGAAGAGUAACUUGGAGAAAACUUGGUUAUUCCACGAAAUUGGCAGAUGCUACUUAGAACUCAACAAAGCAGCUGAAGCUCGAGACUAUGGUGAAAAGUCCUUGCAGUGCGCAGAGGAAGAGGGAGACAUUGAGUGGCAGCUCAAUGGUGGUGUAUUGGUGGCACAGGCACAGGUUAAACUGGAGGAUUUUCAGUCUGCAGUCACAUACUUUGAAAAGGCUCUAGAGAAGGCAAAACGUAUCCAUAAUGAUGCAGCUCAGCAGGCAAUCAUCAUUGCUCUGGAUGAAGCCAACAAAGGGUUCAUCAAAGAGUUGAAAGAAGAACAGAGACUUGAGAGAAUGCGUGAAUUGAAAGAAUUAGAAGAUGAAGAGGAGGAAGAAGAAGAGUUGGAGGAGGAAGAACUCAAGAGAGAUGCAGACGAUACAGAAAAAAAGGAAACUGAGAAACCUGAAUCUGAAGAAGUGAAAGAGGUAUCACCCCAAGAAGAAGAAGAGACGCUUGCGUCUGGGAAUGGGGAGAUGCAACAGAUGGAGGGAGAACCAGAUCCAGGAGAAACUGAGAAGAAAGGAGAGGAACAGGAAGAACCUGGGGGAGAAUCUGAGAAAGAAUUAGAACCUGACCCAGAAAAACCGAGUGAGGAAACUAUAGGAUAAUUGCUUUUGGUUUGUUGAAAAUUGCUUUUGGUUUGUAAUUUAGGACCUGUCUUGUUGUGGUAAUCAUUUUACCUCACAAUAUUUUCUCCCCACAUUAUUGCUUGUGAUGUUCAGGCUACUAAAUAAAAUGCAAAUAAAAUAA